AUGUGCAGUGAUUUGUGUCUUUUAAAGCCAGGAGGAUACCAGUGCACAUGUCCGUCGGGAAUCGUUCUUAAGGAGGACGGAAAAAAUUGCGACUUUGGUGAGGUUACUUAUUCAACGUUUCAGCCAUUACGAAGGCGGGGAGGGAGGAUUUGUUAUCAUUGAUCAUGCAUAUCAAGAACUCAUCUUAAAUCCCGUGAAGAAGAAGAGAUCAGCUUUCCAAAAUUUCGAAAAAAAGUAAAAAUGAAAGGAACAAGGUGUAGGUUAUGGUCAGUGUGUACACUGUACUAUGGAUUUCCUACAAGUCGUUUCUGGGUUUCGUGAGUGAACUUUAUUCACAAAAUAAGGUAUGAAGCGAGGUUAAUCAUCAGAAACAUAUUUCUGGCUUUUAUUUAUUUACUUGCUGUUUUUGUUGUUGUUGUUUCUUUUUUGCCGUCAAGCUUUGUUCCAAAAGACAAGCGACGAACUUUUUUUGCUCUUCGCCGAAGCGAAUCAUGGUGAAAUUUACAAGGUUCCUUUAGCAGUGGCGAGCACACCUUGCUAUCUGCUUCAAAUCAACAUAAAUAUCUCCAGGCCCGUGGCUGUUGACUACGACCCAGUUGAGGGUAAAAUCUAUUGGACAGAUGUGACCCUGAAACUGUUGGCAAGAGCAUUUCCAAACGGAUCGUCAGUUGAGAUCAUAGCGCACACUGACGUGGUAACGCCAGAUGGCCUUGCAGUAGACUACAUUGGAAGGAUUCUCUACUGGACUGAUACUGGAACUAGCAAACUUGAGGUAGCACGACUAGACGGAUCAUUUCGGAAAAGUCUUAUCACAACAGGGAUUGAAAAUCCAAGAGCUAUAAUUCUAGAUAUACCUGAGAGGUAAUCAAAGCUUUUGUUGUUUUAAUUCAAUUUGCAGUAAACUUGUCUUGAUAUUUCCCAAAUGAAUGAUGCACAGCAGAAAAAUAGUUCUUAAGAACUGGAAAGUUUCCAGCUAUCAGAAAAGGGAGGGUUGUCACAUUUAAAAUUUUUGUUGAUCUUGAGAAAGCUUUUAGUCAUCCUAAUUUUGCUUUUCUAUACACGCCAAUUUUAGUAUAAUAGCUUCCAACUGGCGCAAUAUUCGUCCUUGGAAGUUGUUUGUAUCGAGAAACAGAAAGUCUUCCAGAGCGAAUCUUGAAGAAAACUGUUUUCUUCGAAGAACAGAUAAUAAUUAAGGAUAAUAUACCUUUAUUGCAGGAAUACUGAAGCUAUGAAGGUUAUCAUUGAAGAUAUUGCUGUUUUUUUUAUCUUAUUUGCCUAAAGACCCCAAAGUUUGGAAAUGGAUGAUAAUGAUAACUAAAUAAAGUUUUUUUAUCGAUACAUUGUUAAAUGGUGACAAAGCACUGUGUUUCAACACUGUGAAACAUUUAUUUUAGACAAAUGUACUGGAGUGAUUGGGGAUCAUCACCAAAGAUUGAGAAAGCUAACAUGGAUGGGUCUGCCAGGACAGUUAUUGUAAGCUCUGGACUUGUCUGGGUCAAUGCACUUGCUCUAGAUUCGCAGAAUAAGCUGCUGUAUUGGUGCGAUGCAAAACUCGAUAAGAUAGAAAGGGCAAACCUUCAAGGAAAUAACCGAGAACUACUUCUAGAUUUGUCUUCUUACAACCAUCAUCCCUUUGGACUUUCCCUUUCUGGUGACACUCUCUACUGGUCUGACUGGAACAGUCAGAGUAUUCAUAAGUACAAUUUGACAUCUUCUCAAAGUGACGUGUUGGUCUAUGGAAUGGGAAGGCCGAUGGAAGUGCAUGUUUAUGAUCAGACAAAAACAAUCACAGGUGGGUGCACAGUCUGGAGUGGCUAAUUCUAUUGCUGCAACCUUUACGAAGAUGACCUGGUUGGCUUGAUGACAGGUUUACUUUAGACCUAGUAAAGUAUUUUCAUAUCGUAAUAAAAUGAAUCUUGAUGUUGGCUCGGCGUUGUCAUGACCUUUUGCCAUGAAAAUGAUUCUCGUGUCAAUUUAAUUACUAAGGGUUAUUCAAACGGUAUUGAAAUAUUUGACUGAGUAUACAUAACAUUCAUAUACUUGAGCAGAUAAGGUUGGAGAUGGAAUGGAAUCCCCUUUUUUCUCCAAACCCGGCAUAACCGUCUGCUAGUUAAAGUGACAUUGACUACACAAAGCUUUGAUCACAGUUAAAACUUUAUGCAUUUUUCAAGGAUCAACAAGCUGCUCUCAACUAAAUGGAGGCUGUAGUCAUCUUUGUCUUCCAAAUCCGAGUGGACAUCAAUGUUUUUGUCCAGAGGGAGUUCAGCUGAAGCCUGGUAAUGCCUUCAUUUGUGAAGGAGGUAAGGAACUAGAGACAUCGAAUUUACAUUAAUUUUUUAUGGCAUGGUUGUUAUGUUUUGAAAUUGUUAGGGAAAGUUAAUCUUUGAGUACAUCCGUUCACUGCACUGAAGUGAGCAAGCACACUGAAUGGCAGUAUAGGUAAUUUUUCCGAUAUGAUAAUACAAUAUUGGAAUUGUCACAAAAUGUGAAAACAGGUAAUGAAAUGUCUGAUUCGUGCAUUGACUAUGCCUUCAUCGUUAAGUGAAGCACCUGCUGCGUUCUGGGAAUACUGCCGACUGUAGGAGGUGAUUUUUUUCGGUUUUUUCAGUUCCUACGCAAUUUUGGAGCUCUCUCGAUUAAUUGCGUAUUUUUAAUCUCGACGAAAUUCGAACCAGUUGCUAGUUUGAAAAAAAAUUAUUGUUCAAUUUCUUUUCGUAGAGAAGCGGUGUCAACAGCUGUAUGCCCCGCCACAUGGAAGUCUAGAGCCCUGCUCUAAUUUGCCAGGACAAACCUGUGAGUUUUCUUGCAACAAAGGGUACAUUUUGAUGGGAUCAAGAAAAAGAACAUGUAACAGUGAUGGAACUUGGACUGGAACUCCGACUCAGUGUAAAGGUGACUGACCUCAAUUACUACUAUUUUCUCUGUUAUUUAAUUGAAUCGGUUACCUCUGUUGUAACUGGAUAUAAUGUAUGUGUCUUUAAGCCAACUGUUCAUGACCCUAGCAUCUCUAGCUCCUGAAAUACGAAAUUUGUCUAGCAUGUUUCUUGCGCUACGAAAGUUUGAUUAAAAGGAAACCAAGCUAGAACUAGAAUUUCACAAUUAAAACUUGAUGACUAAGAGAGACCUAGGAUUCGACCAUGAAGACAUUUCCUGAAAUCUUUAGAUAAUACCUGGAUUUCGUAGAAGGUGGAGUUAUUGCGACAAGUUAACGUGAAAGACAACAAUAAAUUUUCUUGAUGUGUAAAAAGUUUUCAUUGGACUAUCUACUGGCUAUUCUUUGUAUUACAUCUCACCCCAACCAUUUUCCACAACUUGUCAUCUCAAAAUAAUAGGUAAGGUAAAUGGAAAAUUUGUGGCAUAUUUGCCAUGUUUAAAAUGCCAUGUCUAUAGUAAGCUAACAGGAUUGAGGAGGGUGCAUGUGGGAAUAGGCUCUCUCGUCUGAAUCAUUAAUUUACAAAUCGCUCCUGUUGCCAAUGUUUUGAUGAGAUUGGGCUGUCUGGGCAAAGGAGCUGAGGAUUUUAGUAGGCAGUGACUUUUUUAAAACCUGGAAACUAUCACCGUGAAAAGCAUACUUGUGCCUGGUAAUACUUCAUUCUUAUUCUAAUAAACUAGUCUUAAGAAGGAUAUUUUUAUUACAUAAAUUUAAUGCAUAGGCAGUGCAAAAAACUUUAAUAUGACUAUGCUUUUUAGGCCAAUACCAAUCCCUACACAAAAGAGAAUUAGGAAAAAUAAUGUGCCACAUAUCUGAAAGAUUUCAUGAAACUACUUUUAAUUACAGUCUUAAGUGUCCAGUCUUUAGUGAUUCAGUGAUCAAGAAAGAUUAAAGCUACAGCAACUAUUUCAUUUUAAUGAAAGCUGGUUCGCCCAAAUCAGUCAUCAAUCUCUUUGCCCUUUCGGAUUUAAUUAUUUGCUGAGCAAACAUAUCAUUGACCAUGCUUAAGGCCAAGAUGGCUGAUUAUUGCCUGAGUUCUUAAAAAAAAAACAACAACAACAACAAAAACAACAAAAAAUAGAGGCUAAUAUCCGGCCACCUUGACAGCACAUUCUUGGUCAAUAAAGGAUUUAUUAUAAAGCAAAGAUAUUUCGCGUUAUUAGGAAUCAAGAAGUGUACUUCAUGCUGCUCCACAAAAUGUUUAUCUUGCACGGGAUGAAAGGGGGCAAUCUCAAGCGGGCAAGAUGAACCCAUUCAGAUGAUUCAGAGUCCAAACAGAGCACAGGACUCGCUGGUUUUGCCCAUAGGGGCUGCCAGUGAUAAAAUAAUCUGUAAUCUAGUUUGGUGCAAUACACUGUCUCCAUUUUUACGGCUUAAAAUUUUUCUAUUUAUAGCGACAUUUUGCACUCCACCUUGUCUGUUGGUAUCAAAUACAACUGAUAUAGUAGCAGUGGACCAUGAAAAAGCAAAGGUAACCUCAAUGAUUCCAGGCCUUACAAGAGCUGUUGCUAUAGGCGUCCAUUUCAGCCUGGGCUUCAUAUUUUGGAGUGACGUGACGGAACGGAACAUCAAACGAUUUCGGAUUGAUGAGGCAAACACGACUACAAUCAUAACCAAUAUUGGUGUCUGCGAUGGACUAGCCGUUCAAUGGAGAACAUCUCAGUUGUAUUGGACUGAUACAACGUAUAAUAGGAUAUCGGUAUCAGACCUGGAUGGAAACAACCAACUUACUUUAAUUUCCUCGGCAUUGGAAGAACCCAGAGCCAUAGCCCUUGAUCCGGACAACGAGUAAGUGUCAUAUUUGUGCGAUUUAUAAGUACUUUAUAAUUAGCCGCUCGGGUAUAAUACAGUGUGCACUUAUCGAACUUCCAAUACAUUGAUCAGUGAGAUUCGGAGAGCACAAACGGUUUCGGAAGAGCUUCUUUGCAGCCUUCAUUAGAGUUUUACAGUGUUUCUUCCAAUUCAAAUCUCUUUAAAAGCAGUGGCGAUAAUUUUAUUAAAUCAAUAUAUAUAUAUAUAUAUUACUUUUUCCUUUUUUUCAAGCAGAAUAAUUAUCUUAAAUGUUUUAGUCGUGGACUUAAUUUAUCUCCCGCAAUGAGAGUGAUUUCAAAUAUCCCAGGAUGGUUUAAAUAGCAUUUAUUUCCUGAAAUUUUCUUUUCUUCUUAUGUUGAUAUCGUUGAGAAUCUAAACGAGAUAAGUGUAACGUGUAAUCGAUCUUUGCUAAUCGUCUGAGGCCUUCCUUUUGAACUGUAAAUGAAUAAGUCGUGAAUUCAUCGACUGAACGACUUCAAAAGCUGACCAACUUACUCACUGAUCGAUGUACCGAUUUGGCUGAACGACAGACUGACUGACCUACCCUCUAAAUGAUUAGCUAACAGGCUGGUAAGCCAACCCAUUGAAUAACCGCCCGGUAAGCUGGCUAACUGGCUAGUUAUAAGACUGGAUAAAUCAUUGAUUCAUUGUCUCACCUCAAAAAUCUGCUUAAAGUUUAACCUAUUGAUACCGUCACUUAAACAGUGCAAUGAUUUGGACUGACUGGGGAAGCGCUCCCAAAAUUGAAAAAGCUUCCCUAAGCGGACAGCAAAGAGUCGCCAUCGUAACAAAAGAAGUCUACUGGCCGAAUGGAAUUGACCUCGACAGAGGAGGAAAAAGAGUCUUUUGGGUAGAUGCCGGUUAUGACAGAGUGGAAUCGGUCGACUACAGUGGUAACAACAGGUCACUGCUUUUUCAGAUGCGUAGCCUACAUCCAUUCGGAGUGGCGUUGAUCCCUCCUUUCCUGUUCUUUACUGACUGGGUGACAGACAGGGAGCUGCACAUGCUGGACGCUACAACCGGAGAUCUACUCAAAAGUUUCAGUAUUAAUGGUGGGCGACCUAUGGGAAUUGUUGCAUACGACAGUGGGCGACAACCAGCAGGUAAUCUUAAGGGGGCUAUCAGCUAGUCGUGAAUUCGGUUCCCCUCAUCAAACACUGUCGGUAAUCACCAGUGAAAGUCAGGAGGAUACUGACGAAGUCCUGGACGUUAUUUUAGUGUUCAGUCUCAGUGCAUUUGAUAAAGAGGAUAUCAAAUGGAAGCUAACAACGUUUUCAUUGUGGUGUCUGCCAUGAGUGAGGGCACUAAAAAAUAUUUUCCGCUCAUGAAGAGCUGAUGUACAUAUCAACAAAAUUUUCCCACUUUCGACCCAAAAGAAAAAUUUGCAAACUCAAAGGUAAACUGUAAACGAAGCUAUAAUUAAACAGCCGUACUUUUAACACAUAGCAUUUCAGUGAUUAAAUGUCGUAACUCUUUUCUGUUCACACUUUUCAUGAUCAAUCGCCUAAAUUUGCAUUCCUGGUCAGAAUUUGGACUAAAGUGUAUGUGGAAGUGGAAGUUAAAAUAAUUAUUGGUGUCGUCAAAGUGUUCAGGUUUUGAAAUAAUGUAUGGUCAACAGUAUAAACUGCACGCUUUUACGUUAAAAAUUGUUUCUUUCUUAAGCUCCAGGUCCUUGCUCUGUAAGCAAUGGAGGAUGCAGUCAUUUCUGUGUUCCUAAGGCGUCUAACCAUGAAUGCGUGUGUCCUACGGGCCUAGCAGUAAAGCAAGAUGGAAAGACGUGUGAAGAAAGUACGAAAACUGUUUAUUGAUUGCCGGAGAUGAUGCAUAGAUACUAAGAAAGCUAUGUCAGCCCUUUCAAGAAAAAUGAAAUAAUACCUGUCUGCUUGUAAUUCUGCAAUUCUAAUAACGGUCAGAUUUAGAGAUGAGAAUACCGCAUGUGAAUAUUUAAACAGGUACAUUUUUCCUCCGCCCAACCACCGGCGAACAUGCAUGCCACCUUUAAAGCCAGCCUUAAGAUUAAAAAAAACAACGAGUAAUGCAUGGUCGCUAUGCGCAUUCUUUGUUCGAGAAAUCAAUAACACAUUGAGGGUUAUGAUGGCUGCAUUGAGAUGAAUCAAUCAUCCUCCCAAGAAAGAGUCUCUCAUUGACAACAAACGCUGUUUUGAUUACAAUUGCAGAAGUAAAGAGGUUCAUUCUUUUUGCUGACGCCGACGACAAAUCAACAAAUAUCAUUUCACUGGAUGUAAGCUACUUCGUCGCUCAAACACUAUUCAACCAUAUAGGAAAUCAGCGUCCUGUCGCUUUGGACUAUGAUCCUGUCGAAGAUCGCGUGUACUGGUCGGAUGUUGCUCAAGGUCUAAUCGUCGGCGCUUUUACCAAUGCAACCUCAUUGAAGAUCCUUUUUCGUUGUAAUAUCCUAAGCCCCGAGGGUUUAGUAAUUGAUCAUGUAGCACGGAACAUUUACUGGACCGAUACUGGAACUAAUAGAAUUGAAGUAGCGCGUCUUGACGGAUCAGGUAGGAAAGAAUUGAUCAAUACUGGACUUGAUGAACCAAGAGCCAUUAUACUGGAUGAAAGAAAUGGGCAAGUAACGAUUUUUUUUAAGACUGAAAUGUUUUUGUAUCCGCUGGUGAACGCGUUGUAGGGGAAACAGCAAAGAAGUAUCAUCAGUAGUAAACGUAGCCUUUCAGUUAUUCACGGCUUUGACACAAGCUAAGUACUACAAAUGAUCUUACCCAGUUGAAUGGACUUCAAAAACAGGAAGCAUCUGAGAGAUGUGUGAAAACGAUAAUAUGAAUAAAUGUCGACGUCUACUUAUGAUAUAUAAAAUGCAAUCGGCCAUUUGGCUGUGCUAAGGGGCAACCUCAGUAAAUUUUGUCCAAAAAAUUCUUAAUUAUGUUUGGAAUAAAUAAUUUCUUUUAGUAUGAUGUAUUGGACGGACUGGGGCGCCAAUCCGAAGGUAGAGAAAGCAGAAAUGGAUGGUUCGGGUAGAAGGUCCAUUGUUAUGGCAAAUCUAGCCUGGCCAAACGGACUUACCCUGGACCAAGCUACAAACCGUUUGUUCUGGGCGGACGCGAAACUAGACACUAUAGAGAUGUCUGAUCUGGAUGGAGGAAACCGACAGACUGUUUUACCAUCUACAGCUGGAAUUCAUCCUUAUGGAUUAACAAUUUAUCAGGACAUUAUUUAUUGGACAGAUUGGAAUAGCCAGAGUGUUACAAGUUAUAAUGCAACUAGUGGUCAGAUGAACGUGGUUAUUACUGAUCUACAGAAGCCGAUGGAUAUUCACGUGUUUGAUCCUUCCUUGAUAUUAUCAGGUAAAAGUACUGCCUCUUUCUUAUCUUCUCUGAGUUAGCAGAUAUUCACAUUGGCAAUCACUAACGGCCGGAUACGUAUACUAGAAAAAGUCUCACUCAAGUAAUCAUUAGACCGGUACGUUUUUUCUCAAGUGUGUAAUUUGAAGUAAUCGUGAUAUUUGUAGUUUUGCCGAUAAUCCUUCUUGAUACUGUUAAAAAAGAUAAAGUUUUUAGUGAAAGGUUUAAUGAUUCUUUAGCUGAUGGUGUGUCUUAUCAAACAUGGUAAUAAAUGAUUCGAGUUGCUAGAGAAGCUUGGAAAUGACUCUCACAAAUAAUCAGUGAUCUCAAUUUUGAUGAUGUCUUACUAUUUAUGAUUAUUGUUUACUUUCUGUUUUAAGGGUCACAUCCCUGCUCGCAAAACAAUGGCAUGUGCAGUGAUUUGUGUCUUUUAAAGCCAGGAGGAUACCAGUGCACAUGUCCGACGGGAAUCGUUCUUAAGGAGGACGGAAAAAAUUGCGACUUUGGUGAGGUUACUUAUUCAACGUUUCAACCAUUAUAUAGGCAGGGAGAGGGGAUUUGUUAUCAUUGAUCAUGCAUAUCAAGAACUCAUCUUAAAUCCCGUGAAGAAGAAGAGAUCAGCUUUCCAAAUUUCGAAAAAAAGUAAAAAUGAGAGCAACAAGGUGUAGUUUAUGGUCAGUAUGUACACCGUACUAUGGAUUUCCUACAAGUCCUUUUUUGGUUUCGUGAGUGAACUUUAUUCACAAAAUAAGGUAUGAAGCGAGGUUAAUCAUCAGAAACAUAUUUCUGGCUUUUAUUUAUUUAUUUGCUGUUUUUGUUGUUGUUGUUUCUUUUUUGCCUUCAAGCUUUGUUCCAAAAGACAAGCGACGAACUUUUUUUGCUCUUCGCCGAAGCGAAUCAUGGUGAAAUUUACAAGGUUCCUUUAGCAGUGGCGAACACACCUUGCUAUCUGCUUCAAAUCAACAUAAAUAUCUCCAGGCCCGUGGCUGUUGACUACGACCCAGUUGAGGGUAAAAUCUAUUGGACAGAUGUGACCCUGAAACUGUUGGCAAGAGCAUUUCCGAACGGAUCGUCAGUUGAGAUCAUAGCGCACACUGACGUGGUAACGCCAGAUGGCCUUGCAGUAGACUACAUUGGAAGGAUUCUCUACUGGACUGAUACUGGAACUAGCAAACUUGAGGUAGCACGACUAGACGGAUCAUUUCGGAAAAGCCUUAUCACAACAGGGAUUGAAAAUCCAAGAGCUAUAAUUCUAGAUAUACAUGAGAGGUAAUCAAAGCUUUUGUUCUUUUAAUUCAAUUUGCAGUAAACUUGUCUUGAUAUUUCCCAAAUGAAUGAUGCACAGCAGAAAAAUAGUUCUUAAGAACUGGAAAGUUUCCAGCUAUCAGAAAAGGGAGGGUUGUCACAUUUAAAAUUUUCGUUGAUCUUGAGAAAGCUUUUACGUCAUCAUAAUGUUGCUUUUCUAUACACGCCAAUUUUAGUAUAAUAGCUUCCAACUGGCGCAAUAUUCUUCCUUGGAAGUUGUUUGUAUCGAGAAACAGAAAGUCUUCCAGAGCGAAUCUUGAAGAAAGCUGUUUUCUUCGAAGAAUAGAUAAUAAUUAAGGAUAAUAUACUUUUAUUGCAAGGAAUACUGAAGCUAUGAAGGUUAUCAUAGAAGAUAUUGCUGGUUUUUUUUAAUCUUAUUUGCCUAAAGACCCCAAAGUUGGGGAAUGGAUGAUAAUGAUAACUAAGUAAAGUUUUUCAUUGAUAAAUCGCUAAGUGGUGAUAAAGCACAGUGAGAACAUUGUGAACACUGUGAAACAUUUAUUUUAGACAAAUGUACUGGAGUGAUUGGGGAUCAUCACCAAAGAUUGAGCAAGCUAACAUGGAUGGGUCUGCCAGGACAGUUAUUGUAAGCUCUGGACUUGUCUGGGUCAAUGCACUUGCUCUAGAUUCGCAGAAUAAGCUGCUGUAUUGGUGCGAUGCAAAACUCGAUAAGAUAGAAAGGGCAAACCUUCAAGGAAAUAACCGAGAACUACUUCUAGAUUUGUCUUCUUACAACCAUCAUCCCUUUGGACUUUCCCUGUCUGGUGACACUCUUUACUGGUCUGACUGGAACAGUCAGAGUAUUCAUAAGUACAAUUUGACAUCUUCUCAAAGUGACGUGUUGGUCUAUGGAAUGGGAAGGCCGAUGGAAGUGCAUGUUUAUGAUCAGGCAAAAACAAUCACAGGUGGGUGAAUAGUCUGGAGUGGCUAAUUCUAUUGCUGAAACCUUUACGAAGAUGACCUGGUUGGCUUGAUGACAGGUUUACUGUAGACCCUAGUAAAGUAUUUUCAUAUCGUAGUAAAAUGAAUUUCGAUGUUUGCUCGGCGUUGUCAUGACCUUUUGCCAUGAAAAUGAUUCUCGUGUCAAUUUAAUUACCAAGGGCUAUUCAAACGGUAUUGAAAUAUUUGACUGCGUAUACAUAACAUUCACAUACGUGAGCAGAUAGGGUUGGAGAUGGAAUGGAAUCCCCUUUUUUUCUCCGAACACGGCAUAACCGUCUGCUAGUUAAAGUGACAUUGACUACACAAAGCUUUGAUCACAGUUAAAACUUUACGCGUUUUUCUAGGAUCAACAAGCUGCUCUCAACUAAAUGGAGGCUGUAGUCAUCUUUGUCUUCCAAAUCCGAGUGGACAUCAAUGUUUUUGUCCAGAGGGAGUUCAGCUGAAGCCUGGUAAUGCCUCUAUUUGUGAAGGAGGUAAGGAACUAGAGGCAUCGACCGUACGUUAAUUUUCAUUUCAUGGUCUUACAUGUUUUGAAAUUGUUAGAGGAAGUUAAUCGUUGAUUACAUCCAUUCAGUGGAGUAAUUUUAGCAAGCACACUGAAUGGUGGUAGAGGUAGUUUUUUAGAUAUUAUCAUACAACAUUUGAAUCGAUACAAAAUGUAAAAAAUUGUAUUAAAUGUCUGAUUCAUGCACCGAUUAUGCCUUCAUCUUUUAAUGAAGCACCUGUCACGUUCUGGGAACACUGAAGACUGUAGGAGGUGUUCUUUUCUUCGGUUUUUUCAGUUCUUACGCAUCUUUUAAACUCUUCCGAUAUUUUGUGUAUUUUCAAUCUCGAAUAAGGCACGUUCAAGAACGAACCAGUUGCCAGUUUAGAAAAGAAGAAUAAUUAUUGUUUCACUUCUUUUCAUAGAGAGGCGUUGUCAACAGCUGUAUGCCCCGCCACAUGGAAGUCUAGAGCCCUGCUCUAAUUUGCCGGGACAAACCUGUGAGUUUUCCUGCAACAAAGGGUACAUUUUGACGGGGUCAACAACAAGAACAUGUAACAGUAAUGGAACUUGGACAGGAACUCCAGCUCAGUGUAACGGUAACUUACCUGAAUUACUAUUUUCUUCUUCCAUAAUGAUUUUAGGAGAGGGGUUAUGGGAAUGGGUGCUUUGUGGUGGGUGCAUCUUGAAAGGAACCAGACAUAUCUCUCCUUGUCACCAGCUGCAAUUUCUCUAUUUUAAGUGUAGUAUUCUUAUUACUGCGUUUCGUUUCUUAGUUAUCCUGUCUCUCAUUCUCUAA